CCAGAUUAGUACGCCACCUUAGGUAACCAUAGUGACCACAGGUGGCGUUCUACACUAGUUAGUGUGUUAGUAUGCGUGAUUGGACUCAUGGAGUUUUCACGGUCGCGUCACGGCGGAGUCUCUUCCCAUAAACCAGGAGGAGAAAGCGGCUCGGGAGAAGAACCCAACCAUCUGUGGAUCUCACAGGAACCCGGAGAAGGCAUGAGAUAUCCUGCUCUUCUUCAUUUCUGCUCUGCUUAAAGCCUUUGUGUUGCCAUUUUGUCCAGACGCGGUGUUUCUCUGAUUUCGGGACUCCGGAGCAACGCGAAUCGUGAGUCAUGGGACAGUAUUUUUACACAGCAAAGCCUAGACAUGCUGCAGUUAUAGCCAUGAAAGGACUCUACCUUCCAUCAUAACUCCUUUUAUUUAGAAUGCUGACAACCUGAUGGAUGCCACGAAAGAUCUGAGCCCACCAAGACCACUUACCCAAGUUCUCCAUCACCCUACUCCUUCUACCUAUAAAUACAAGUAGAUCCCUUACCCCUCUGAGUGACCCUUGUCUCUGGGAAGUAUGCCUGGAUGGAGGGCCCAGUGUCAUCUGGUGCUGCUCAACCUGCUGUCCUGUGGCCUGGAGAUAUGUGUGGCAGCUGGCAUCACCUAUGUGCCACCACUGUUACUGGAGGCUGGCAUAGAAGAGAAGUUCAUGACCAUGGUUUUAGGUAUUGGUCCAGUUCUGGGACUCAUCUUCAUCCCUCUAAUCGGUUCAGCCAGUGACCGCUGUAGCAGUAGCUAUGGACGCAGACGUCCCUUCAUCUGGCUGCUUUCGCUGGGUGUGCUCGUGGCCAUGCUUAUCAUCCCUCACGCUGAUGUCCUGGCUGCCCACCUCAGCUGGGGUGGCAGUCCCGAUCCUAACCAGCCACUCCAGGUGGGUCUGCUAAUCUUGGGCGUAGUGCUGCUGGACUUCUGUGGCCAGGUGUGCUUCACGCCACUGGAGGCACUACUCUCAGACCUGUACGGUGGACGUGAGGAGUGUGCCCGUGCCUUUGCUACGUUCUCCUUUAUGACGAGUCUGGGCUCGUGCAUAGGGUAUCUCCUGUCUUUGCUCGACUGGAGCUCUGGUCCACUUGCCCAAUACCUGGGUGGCCAAGCUAAGGGACUCUUCACUUUCCUUAUUCUCAUUUUCGUCUUCUGUGUGCUGGUCACCAUGAAGGCAUCAGAGGAGAAAGAGGAUUCCGAGACCUGGGCUGGAUGCCUCUCUAUGUGCUAUAUGCCCCGGAGACGCUUUAAGAUCUGCCUUCCAAGGGCAGGUUCUUUAAUAUGUGUACUCAGGACCUGCUGGUCAGUUACACCUGCAAUCUUCAGAAGCUACUGCCAUGUGCCAUAUGUCAUGAGGCGCCUUUGCGCUGCCCAGCUAAGCAGCUGGAUGGCCAUUGUGAGCUUCAUGCUUUUCUACACAGAUUUUGUCGGAGAGGGACUUUACCAAGGAGUGCCAAGUGCUGCACCGGGCACAGUGCCUAGGCAGCAAUAUGAUGAAGGCAUCCGUAUGGGCAGUCUGGGGCUGUUCCUGCAGUGUGCUACCUCAACUUUUUUCUCACUAAUCAUGAACCGGCUGGUGUGUACGUUCGGCUCCAGGAAGGUCUUCCUGUUCAGCAUGGUAUCAUUUACCCUCUCGGCAGUCGUCAUCUGCAUGUCCAAGAGUGUGAUGUUGGUCACAGGGAUGUCAGCCCUUACCGGCUUUGCCUUCGCCACCUUACAGACUCUACCAUACACACUCACCUGCCACUAUCACCAAGAUAAGGAGGUAUAUAUGCCAACCAACAAAACCAAAAAAACACACACAAACAGGAUGAACAUCCCCAACGAAACCAUGCGCCUCACUCUGACCGAAGACGCGAGUGAUCUGAAUCAUAACGGACACACCCACUACGACCAAGACGAUGUGGAAUUUUACGCUCCUCAGCAGGGUCAGAAUGGUACGCACCUCGAUCACAGAUCAGAUGAUUAUGACAAACGUGGCGUGGGCUUGGAUUUUGCCAUUCUUGAUAGCACCUUCUUGCUCUCUCAGGUCUUCCCUUCUCUGUUCAUGGGCAUGAUUGUCCAGUUCACACAAUCCGUCACUGCCUACAUUGCUUCUUCUGCUAUUUUCGGUGCAAUCAGUGUAUAUUUUGCUACACGUGUCAUCUUUGAACAGAAGGAUCUUGAACACUUGUAGAAAACCCUACAUUUGUGAGACCAGGGUGCCUUUUAAGGCUUCUCUCCAGAAAGGUAAACAGCUUCUUGUGACACAGAUUUAGACUUCAAGCUACUAGAACGCCAAAAACCCAGACUUAAAAAAGAAAAACUGCAAUAAAUCUGUAGUCAUUCAGCAUGAUGACCUGCUGUUCUUUCUCAUGUCUGCUCACACAAUAACAUCCUGCCUGUCUCAACAUCCUUCCUGUCAGUCAUUCUCACCACUUGCUAGCCCAGUCCAGGAAACCAAGUGUUCUAAGUUAAUUCGUUAAUAUUUAAAGUUAAUUAAUGUUAAUAUUUCUUUUAAAUUUUUUUUCUUUGCACUAACGACAUGUCUUAUCAUCACAGUCAUCGUUGUGAUGAAAAGCCUCUAUGGCUUUACAUCACUGUGAGGAUGACUUCACACUCACCGCUCUUUUUGUUUUUUUGUUCACUUCUGUCUCACACCCAAAAAAAAAAAAAAAACACAACUCGGACCAACGAUUGCAUCAGAGAGAUGCGAUGUGUGAUGCAAUGCCUUUAUGUAAUGUAAAGAUUUUGAAAAAUAACUAUUUUGCUGUAUAUAUUUUUGUACAUUAAUAAUAUAUAGAUACACAAAUGUAUUUAUAUCCCUAUGGGAAUUUUUGGAUGCAACAUGCUUGCCGAGGUCAUCUGUAUUUAUGUUCUGUUGCUGGCGUCACAGGAACAUUAUGUAGUUCAUGGAAGAGUGUUUAGUAACCAGCACUAACGGUCAAAAUAAGGCAGAAGCUAAAAAAAAAAAAAAAAGACAAUCUAGAUUAUUUUUGUACAGGGAUUAUACUACCUACAUGAUACUGUAGAAACAUUUUGUGCCACAAAUCUUCAUUUUUAUCAUCAUCCUUAUCAUCAUCAUCAUGAAUAUGAUUCUACAGCAGGGAAUUCCGAAUUGGAAUUAGGUUGGGACAUGAAUUUAUAAAAAAAGACAGCGUGUGGAUGAAAGUGUAUGACUUCAAGUGAGUGAGUGUGUGUGUGUGUGUGUCCGUGAGAGUUUGUCCACAAGAGAGUGUGUGAGUGUGUGUGCAUGAGGGAUUGUAUGAAAGGAUUUGUAUGGAAUGUACUGUAUGCAUGAGAGCAUGUGUGAGUUUAUGAGAAAUUGUGAGUAUAUGCGUGUGUGUGUGUGUUUGUGUGUGUGUCCAAGAGAAGGUGUGUGUGUGUGUGUGUGUGUGUGUGUGCUGUGUCAAGAGUGUAUGUGUAAGAGUCUCUCAGGACAGACCUGUGUGCAUUCUGUCUACUGGUAUAUUGUAUCUAGUAAAACGUUUGUUGAGUGUAUUUACAUUAAACAGCCAUAAAUUAUUUAAAAUAAAUGAUUAUUGAGUUAGAUUUUAAUUUAUUACGUCUGCUGUUAGCAAUUAUAUGUCAAAUUAAUUCAAUAAUUAAAUACACUCAUGGAUUCAAAAUAUGACUCAUUUUGCAGCCUGUUACGGUUUGGUUGGUAAUGUGACAUUACAUUGUUGUUGUUGAUGUUUUUUUUUUUUUUUUUAUAUUAUCUAAUACACUGCCAGUCAAAAGUUUGUGCACCCCUUCUUACUCGUUGCCACUUUCAUACAGUAACAAUGAAAAGAUUAGGACUGGUCAAAUAAACACAAAAUUUCAUACGGCCCUAAAAAAAAGUGAUUGUAAAAAAGUGAUUGUGAUGGAGCUUUAAAAACACUCGGUGUCUUCUAAAGCAGAUUUAGGAGAAGCUUCACCCAGGAGAUUCCUGAAUACUCAGAGAUCUUCACUGCUUCUACAUGAAAACUUUUUGUUUGGGUAAAAAAGGAUUCAAUUUAGCCGAGCGUCUAGACGUUUGACUGGUAGAGUACUGUACAUCGUAUGCUUCUACACUUACUGUCAUUGAACGAAAUCCCUUUAAGAACAUUGAUCCUUUCUAUUGAUUUUGAUGAACUUAAUAUUGUAUAAAUUGCCUUUGAGAAACAUUUAAAGAACAUCCUGUCCUUUCGGCUAGAAUGACUCGACUUAAAGUGCCUAAACUUAUGUAUUAGGUGUAUGGAAAAUGAGCCUGUUGUUGCUUUUGUGUCUUUGCUGUGUGAGUCAGGAAUGUCUGGAAGACAAGUUUGCUUUACAUCGAAGUAAAAAAUAGAUUCUGUUUAUUUCUAUGAAUAUGCCUUCAUCCUGACUCAGAGCUGUGUGUACAGUGGACUUAAAGUCUGAAGCUCACGGUAUAAAUUGGGUUAUGCCUUUCCCCAAACCACAAAUCAGUGUUUACUUUUCAAAAUGUUACUGGAUUUGUGCUUCACGGAGUUUCUCGGCAAUGUGCAGCUUUAUUAACUCAAUCCCAGUUCCUGAUAUGUGUCUAGUCAGGUGGGAAUUUUAUAACCACUAUAUUUGCCCAACAGACGUCUUUGGAGUUCGCAUCACAUUUUAAUAGUUGAAGUGCAUUAUAUUAAAAUAUAUUGUAACAAAUCUCA